CGCCGGCCAGCGUCUGCGCAUGCGUGCCGGCCAUGGCCUCCGAGCAGCCACCGGCCCCGGUCACCUGCACGGCCCCCGUCAACAUCGCCGUCGUCAAAUACUGGGGGAAACGAGAUGAAGAGCUGAUUUUGCCCAUAAAUUCCUCACUCAGUGUCACUUUGCACCAGGACCAGUUAAAAACGACCACAACAGCGGCCAUCAGCCGUGACUUCAAAGAGGACCGAAUCUGGUUGAACGGCAAGGAAGAGGAUGUGGGGCACCCACGCCUGCAGACCUGCCUGCGGGAGAUUCGCCGUCUGGCCCGAAAGCGGAGGAGUGGAAGAGAUGGCGAUUCCGCUUCCCUCAGCCUCUCUUACAAGGUGCACAUUGCGUCAGUCAAUAACUUCCCCACAGCUGCUGGCUUGGCGUCCUCGGCGGCUGGGUACGCCUGCCUAGUGUACACCCUGGCCCGGCUGUACGGGGUGGAGGGCGAGCUGUCGGAGGUGGCACGGCAGGGCUCGGGCAGCGCCUGCCGGAGCAUGUACGGCGGCUUCGUCGAGUGGCUCAUGGGAGAGAGGCCAGACGGGAAGGACAGCAUCGCCCAGCAGCUUGUCCCGGAGACGCAUUGGCCCGAGUUGAGAGUCCUCAUUCUAGUGGUCAGCGCUGAGAAGAAGUCUGUGGGCAGCACAGCAGGAAUGCAGACCAGUGUGGAAACCAGCCCUCUGCUAAAAUUUCGGGCUGAGUCGGUGGUGCCAGGUCGGAUGGCGGAGAUGAGGCGCUGCAUCCAAGAGAAGGACUUCCAGGGCUUCGGCCUACUGACCAUGAAGGACAGCAACCAGUUCCAUGCCACCUGCCUAGACACUUUCCCUCCCAUCUGUUACCUCAACGAUACCUCCCGGCACAUUAUCAGCCUGGUCCACCGCUUCAACGCUCAUUUUGGGAAGACCAGGGUGGCGUACACAUUUGACGCAGGCCCCAAUGCCGUGAUCUUCACGCUGGACAACACCGUGGAUGACUUCGUGGCCGUGGUGAAGCAUAGCUUUCCUCCCGUCUCAAAUGGAGAUCAGUUUCUGCAGGGCUUGCAGGUGGGAUCUGCCCCCCUCUCAGAAGAACUGAAAUCGGCUAUGGGUCCAGAGCUGACCCCGGGUGGGAUCCGCUACAUCCUGGUCACCCAGGCAGGGCCAGGACCUCAGCUGCUGGAAGAUUCCCACGUGCACCUUCUGGAUGCUGAAGGAUUGCCCCGUCUUAGUGCCUGAUUCAGUUCAUUUGGAGUCUUUGUCAGCCUCAGGGAGAGACACCAGGAGAGACAGUGUCUCCGAUUUAGCUGGGAAAAUCUUGCCGUGCCAGCUGGAAUUCUGAAAGAGAAGCGAGAUGUUGCUGCAAGAGAUUCCUGCGCCUAGAGCACCCGUCUCCGGCAAUGAGGGAGGGAGUUGGGGUCUCUGUCCCCCCCAUCCGUGGGCUUCAGUGCUCUUCUGGUUCCCUGAGGUUCUCGUGGGUCCUCUGUGGAGAUGCUGACGUGGGGGACGGUGAGGUUUGUGAUGUGGAGUCCUCUCCAUUAGGAGCUGACCCAAGAUACCUCUCUCCAAGAUCACUCACACAAGGGGCGACCAAGUAGCAACCAUCAGAUCAAGUCUGGACUCAAUGGCUUGACAGUCUUCCUUCUGAGACCCUCAUGUCUCAGAUCUUGAUUAAAACUGGAAAAGAAAAACCCACCAAGGAAAAACCCGCCUGGUUCAUUGAGGAAACAUUCGGAAACCUUGCGUACUUUUCUUUCUGCCUUUUGUGAAGUCAGUUAGGAAAGGGGAUAAAGAAUCAAACUUUCUACAACCUAAUUUUUCCUGGAUUUUCUUGUGGUCUUUGCCCAAAUAUCAUUUUCUACAAUGACCAGAAAAAAGAUUGUGUCUUUGACUGGGAUUUUCUUUGCCUUUGAGAGUAUACUGUUUACCAUGUUCUCUGUGCCUCAGUUACAUCAUCUGUAAAAUGGGGUUGAGUGUGAACCCCAUGUGGGACAGGGACUGUGUCCAACCUGAUGAACUCAUAUCUACCCCAACACUUAGAACAGUGCUUGGCACAUAGUAAGAUCUUAACAAGUACCAUAAUUGUUGUUGUUAUUCUGGAUUACAGUAGCGGGAAUCCUCUUUGCCCAUGUAAUGCUGGCUGGACCUUCUUUCUGCACUGUCAGGGCAUCCUGUGUGAUGUUCAUGCUGAGACUCAGUGGAGAAAGGUAACAGUCUAAGGGCCCUGAUUUCUAGGUCUCUGCUCAAUAUAGCAGACCAAGCUGACACCCUGAAUUUAAGAAGACAAGAAUCUGUGUUGAGAGAACUUUCUUCAGGGAGCUCUUCAGAAUGGUAGCCACUGUUUUUCUCCUUUCUGGGAAUAAACUUUUUUAUCUCUUUAGUGUUGA